GCCGUGCAAUGCGUUGCCUCGUCUUGCAGCUUAAUUGUGCCACCAAUUUUACGCGUGACAUAGACACAGCACUUCACGGACUAUAUGUGCCAGCUGCUUAACUUCCGCUGAUCGAACAGGAACCAUCGGAAGCGGUGCUCUAGCCAUCCCCCUCUCGAGGACUUCGGAAUAACACAAACUGCGAAUGUACUUCUCAAUAUGGAUAUUCGUGCUUGUGCAAUUCAGACGUAUUCAACAUGCUUCGGGGGACGAAACGAGCACGAACUCAUUUCGGGGACCAUGCGAGGGUCACAAACGCGAGGACGACCUUCAGACGUUCGAUUUCAUCAGCAAGCUGAAACUCGAUCUUCUGGAGGCGCAUUACGCGAGCGUGACGCGAGUCAGAGGUAGCAAUCGAAUGCAGACUGCCUACAGAUUGGAGAGAGAGAGCGACGUGACCUUGCCAACGAAGAGCAUACUUCCAAACGGGCUGCCAGAGGAAUUUAGCAUAGUCUGCACGCUCAGAGCCAGGAAACUGCCAAAGUACACUUGGCAUAUUAUCAGAAUCGUCGACGCGGAUGGACAGCCCCAAUUCUUAAUCGCGGUGAACCCCAAAACUCUCACCCUGGACGUCUCCAUGAAAGGCGAGGAUGGGGAGCUGCAGACGAUGUCGUUCGUAGCUGAUCGUAUGUUUGACAAGAACUGGCACAAAAUUAACGUCGGUAUCAUCAGGGACAAAGUGAUGGUCUACGUCGACUGCGAGCACGCUGGAGCGUUAGCUGCGAAGCCUCGAGGACCAAUUAAAGUGGAUGGCGAUAUCUCGAUAUCGAAGAUGUUUCACAGCAAACUCACCAUACCCGUCGAUAUACAGUGGAUGGUCUUGAAUUGCGAUCCUACGAGACCUGAGAGGGAGACCUGCGAGGAACUGCCGAAGAGCCUUAGCAGCCCUUUAUUGCCCCAGAGGCGACCAGGCUGCGAAGUUAUCUGUCCGCAGGGGCCUCCUGGAAUGAAUGGAACAAACGGUCUUCCUGGCGUGCGGGGAGUACCAGGACCGCCUGGACCAGCAGGACAACCAGGUUUACCUGGGCUACCUGGCUCGCCUGGCUCUUCAGGUGACAAAGGCAAAAUGGGCCCUAAAGGAUUAACAGGUGCCCGCGGUUACCCCGGACACCCUGGCCCCAAGGGGUCCGUUGGACCAAUAGGACCACCUGGUUUGAAAGGAGAACGCGGCGAAAGAGGAGACAUGGGAUUUCCUGGACUGAAGGGAGAUCAGGGUUCGCCAGGGCCACGCGGCCACACAGGGCUACCAGGGCCACCCCUAAACAUUAGCGAUUACGGUGAUAUUCUAUCGCGACUUCCAGCCACGCCUGGUCCUCGGGGUCAGCCAGGUGAAAAAGGUUCAAAGGGCGAGCGUGGCGAUAAUGGAGGUCAAGGUCAUAAAGGCGAUCAAGGAGACAAAGGUGACCCAGGACAACAUGGAUUGCCUGGAAUAGAUGGUCGACCAGGUCUUCCUGGUGCCAAAGGAGAGCCAGGUUUUCCAGGAGUGCAAGGACAGCCAGGAUUGCAAGGUCUUCACGGCGAGAUUGGUUCACCAGGACCACCUGGGCUUCAAGGGCCAAAAGGCGAGCCUGGAGAACCUGGUCGUGAUGGUUUACCAGGUUUAGCAGUUGGUUCCUCGAUACCAGGCCCACCGGGCCCCGAGGGUCCUCCAGGGGUACCUGGGGAAGAUGGUCUUCCAGGAGAGAAAGGGGAACCAGGUCCUUCUGGUCAAUCAGGUCUACCAGGACCGAAAGGUGAAAUUGGUUCACCUGGAUCCAUGGGAUUGCAGGGUCCACCUGGUGUACCUGGAGAACCAGGUCCCCCAGGACAACGUGGAAACGAUGGUUUGGCAGGGACUCCAGGAGCUCCAGGGCUCGAUGGCAAGCCUGGAGCAAAAGGUGAGACAGGUGAACCAGGAGAGCAAGGUCGUGUCGGGCCACGUGGCUUCCCAGGAACCUCUGGUCCUGCAGGUCUACCAGGCAGUCCUGGCUUCCCAGGAGUGGAAGGACGACCUGGACCACCAGGUGCUCCAGGCCCACCGGGACCUCCAGGACCAGCUGGAUCGAACGAAGAUAUGUUGAGCACAAACAAGGUUUCGAGAAGCAUAGGCAGUCCAGGAGCUAGUGGGCCACGAGGUGUACCAGGGUCUCCAGGACUGCCUGGCGAGCGAGGACCUCCUGGAGAUCGAGGUCCAGAGGGUCAAAUCGGACCACCUGGAAUACCAGGGAAGGAUGGAGCGCCAGGACUACAAGGACCACCCGGAGUACGAGGUCAGACAGGAAUGCCAGGUCUUCAAGGGUCACCAGGUCGAAGCAUCACCGAUUCGGAAAUUCGAGAUAUAUGCACGAGCGUGCUGCGAGAGAGGCUGAAAGAACUAACAGAGGGUCUACGAGGGCCACCCGGGUUGCUGGGACUGGCACGACAGGGCCGUCCUGGUCGAGCCGGAACCCAGGGCAUCCCAGGUGAUCCAGGCACUCCAGGUUUACCAGGGGAACGAGGCUUCGUAGGAUUGCCAGGCCCUCAAGGUCCAAUGGGUCCUCAAGGUCCACCUGGCGAACGGGGAGAGAAAGGUGAUAGAGGACCGGAAGGUGUCGGCGUGGAAGGCCCGAUCGGUCCAACAGGACUGCCUGGACCAGCUGGCAAAGAUGGCGUCGGAUUGCCUGGAAGGCACGGAGAACGGGGGGAACCGGGCAGACCAGGCCUUCCUGGGAGCAGAGGCCUACCUGGACCCCAAGGGUUACCUGGAUUUUGCGAGUUUUGCAAUUAUCCCAGCGCCAAUUACUUGCAGUAUACCCGUGGCAACGAGAAAGGCCCAUAAAAACCCUAAUUCCGGCACAGAGAGUGCAAUUAAUAAGUACUAUGAAAUCAAAUUGACGAGCCUACGAACAACGAACAUUUACGUUCGGCAAUAUUUGUAGAAUCGUGUACAAUCACUGCCAUACGAAAAUACCAUCUUGUAUCGAUAACGUAUAUCUAAGUAUGCUAAUUUGCCUUCGAAAAUGAUCUAUACGAGGUACUAUUUAAUAUAAAGAUUAAUAUAUUACAGACGGAUGAAGUGUUUGUACAUGUCGUCCUGAAUAAAUAUUUUUCAAGUAACAACAAAGUGGUCCAACAAUCGAAGGGAAAAUAAAAAAUGCCUGACAUAAUUCCCCAAACGUGAAAACAAUGAAACCCUAACCAAUUUUAUUUGCCACGUACUAAAGCCAAACGCUGAAAAGAAAUAUUUCGAACAUUGUACAAAUGCUUCAAAAAUAAUUGAAAAUUUUGCUCACGCUUUCGUUCUCAAGCACGUUUUCGCAAUAGUAAAAAGAAAUAGGUUAAGAACGUAUGCAUACGAAAUUCUGUAUAAAACAAGCAAGAUGUUUCUUACUCCAGGGGCAUGACACUGGUCGACGAAUGAAGCGAACUACAUCAUGUCGAUUCUAACAAGGGAACAUAUCCAACUGUCCGUUUCCGAUUUUGAUGAAACUUGGUGGGUACAUUAAGCAGGUGAAAAUAAGGAAUACGAAUGUUUUAUACCUGCCCAAUCGCAAGUCUAGAGGUUGAAAUCACCCCUUGAAAUUUCAGCAGAAAAAUGCUAUCUCGAAAACUACAAUAAAUGUAAGAAAUCUUCUUAGGGAAAAGUUUCAUGGUUUCAUGAGGUAAAACAAAAAGUGGUCACAGAUUUUGUAAAAUGUAAUUUGUUUAUAACAAAAAAAUUUUUUCUUACAUUAUUUUAAGAGAUACCAAAAUUUAUAUAACGACAAAUAUGAACGGAAAUUUUUUUCCGAAUCCACUAAAAUAUAAUACGAUACAUUUGCCUCCUACAGUGUUGUAAAUUUUCGUAUAAUAUUGUACGCAGGCCGCGCGAAUCCACCGAGCAACAUGUGAAAUGCAUAUGUUCAUGUAUAGACAUACGGGUGGCUAUUAGUAUGAGAUACAUAUUUAUUAAAAAUUAUACGAUUAUUUAAAAUUUACCUCAUGAAACCAUGAAACUUUUCCCUAAGAUCAUUUCUUAUAUCUAUUGUAGUUUUUAUAGCAGUUUAUAUAGCAUUUUUCUGCUGAAA